GGAUAUGUGGUCAUUAGGAUGUAUGGUUGCGUCUAUGAUUUUUAGGAAGGAGCCAUUUUUCCAUGGACAUGACAAUUAUGAUCAGUUGGUGCGAAUUGCAAAAGUGUUGGGAACGGACGAGUUGUUUGAAUAUAUUGACAAAUACCAGAUUGAGCUUGAUCCACGCUUUAAUGAUUUGUUGGGAAGGCAUUCUCGAAAACGUUGGGAACGGUUUGUUCAUUCUGAAAAUCAACAUUUGGUUACGCCCGAAGCAAUUGAUUUUCUUGACAAACUUUUGCGAUAUGAUCACCAGGAUCGGCUUACUGCUCGUGAAGCAAUGGAGCAUCCGUUUUUCUGUCCUGUUGUAGAGGAACAUAGGAAAAAGAUGAUUUCUGCUACAACAUCAACUAACAAUAUUGAAAAUUCGUGCCUUGCUUCUGUGGCUUCCCCGUCACCUAAUGAUCUUGGUAUAAGUGGUAGUUCAAUAGUUGGUAGUGCUCAAUGA